GAUCUGUCUAUUAAUCUGUGAUAUUGUUUACAUAUAUAUAUAAAUAUUCAUUGUUAAUCUAUAAGUGCAUAAACUGCUGUUACAACGAACUGACUCAUUGACAUCUGGCGAAGUGACAAACAAGCUUGUUUUAUUUCGAUAACCGACUCCAUACUUUGCGUGUAUUCCGAUUAAAGUUUUGCUGUGCUGUGCGUGUUUAUAUGCACAAUUAUUUAUCUUGAAGAAGCAAUUAACUAAAAGCGAUAGCAGUAUGGUCAGUCUUUAAUGUGGGCCGUUCAUUUGAGUCUGUGGUUUUAACCCUUUUUUUAAUUUUUUUACUGCCUGCAUAUCAAGAUAUUUUGCAGAAGAUGUCUUGGCUUUUUGGCAAAAAAAAGCACAAGGAUUCACCUCCCGAAUCCAGAGAUGAGCAACAACAACCCUCUGCAGAUUCAGGAGAUGACUUUGUAGUAAUUGAAAGAAGGAGGACCUCGUUACCACCUAAUGUUGGUGACCAAGGUGCACCUUAUCCCAGUGGGUUAUAUCCAUUGAUCGGUGGGACACCGUUGAAUCCCACAAUGUCGACUGGCAGUUUACCAAAACUAAAUCAACAAGCAGAUGCUCCGCAUUAUUUAAGCGGUGUGCCAUUUAAGUUGUGCAAACAUUUGGAAAGUAAUAUGAAUAAUGACUUAGAGAUAGAUGGCCUACGGAUUAGCGAAAUACUAUCUUUUGUUGAAAGAUUAGAAAAUCAAAAUUAUGAUUAUGAUUUUUCUCUUGAAACAGGAGUUAUUACAGAAAUGAAUAGCAGGACUGAUGAGUAACUUACAAUUCCAUCAUUUGUUGUGUAAUAAAAGUGUAUAUUCUAUGAAUUAAGGAAUCAAACUUAGGUAUAUAUAUAUAUAUAUAUAUAUACAUAUAUUUUUGUUGUUAGUUAUUUGAAUGUAUAACAAAGUCAUAUUUUUCAAGUGGUGAACUGUGUGUCAUAUAAUACUCGCUUAAUAAAUAUGUCAAGUUUGAUUUUUUAAUUCUA